GGAGGGAUGCAUCGCACAUGAAAACGUCAAUGUGGUUAACCAACAGUCCAGUCAGUCAGUCAGCUCAAGUGGUCCCACUCGUCGGUACGCAAACAUAAUACUCGUCUCGCACACGGACGGCUCGUCGGCUCGGUGGUACUGGACGGACCUGGAGUAUAGUGGUCCUAAAUAAUAACAUCGCCUGGCGGUACAUGUAAGGAAGGUGUGUUGCACCGGACCCGUUAUUUACCAGGAGCUUAGUCAUCGUCGGUGAAAAUUUAACCACAGUGCCCGGGAAGGACAAUUUAACCGAAAGUUGGUUUAGUGUCUUGAUCAGUGAAAGUAAUUUUAAGAAGUAGCAAAAGUGUGAUAAAACUAGAUAGAUAUCCGAAAAAUAAACAGUAAACAUCUAGGUUUGACCUUUACAAAACAUGCAAUCCGAAAACGAAACAUAUCUUGGACUGGAUCUAAGCACCCAAAAGCUGAAAGCCGUCCUACUGAACGCAAAGCUCGAGAAUGUUGCCCACGCAGAGGUCAAAUUCGACUCGGACCUGCCGGAAUUCCGAACCAGCGGCGGCGUCAAUGCCGGAACUGCUAAAAAUGAAUUCUACGUCCAGCCGGUGAUGUGGGUCAAAGCUUUGGACAUGGUGCUGGAUCGGUUGGUCGUGCAAGGGGGUGACCUCAGUACGGUGAUGGCCGUCAGUGGAUCGGCCCAGCAGCACGGUUCCCUCUACUGGUCGCGAAGUGGUGUACAAACCCUGCGAAAUCUGGACGCCGACAAGUUUCUGCAUACGCAGAUUGAUGAUUCGGCGUUCACCGUGCACCGGACCCCCAUCUGGAUGGACAGCACUACCGGGAAGCAGUGCGAGGAGAUGGAGGAAGCGGUCGGUGGCCGGGAGAAAAUGGUGCACAUUACCGGGUCCAAGUGCUACGAACGGUUCACGGGACCACAGAUCAGGAAGGUCUUCCAGCAGCGGCCGGAUUGCUACCGGAACACGGAGCGAAUCUCGCUAGUCAGCAGCUUCCUGGCUUCGAUUUUCCUGGGAGAGGUGGCUCCUAUCGAUUUGGCCGAUGGCUCCGGGAUGAAUCUGCUGGACAUCCGGAAGCGAACAUGGUCGGAUGCGUGUUUGACGGCGUGUGCCCCGAAUUUGUCAGCGAAAUUAGGAGAUCCGGUACCGACUAGUUCGAUCAUUGGUACAAUCGGACAGUUCUUCGUGCAGCGUUACAACUUCAAUACUGCCUGCAAAGUGGUGGCCUUUACCGGUGACAAUCUUUCUGCUCUGGCAGGAAUGGUGAUCGGAGAGGAUUGGCUGGCGUUGUCUUUGGGAACGAGUGAUACGAUCAUGAUGCGACUGAGUGAACCACCGAAUCUGCUGGAAGGUCACGUGUUGGUCCAUCCAACCGAUGAAGGCUAUAUGGGAUUGUUGUGCUUCCGGAAUGGUUCGUUGGUCCGGGAUAUCUUCAAACGAGCCGAAGCGAAUGACAAUUGGGAGAACUUCAGCGAGCUGUUGGACUCAACUCCACGAGGUAACUUCGGCAACAUUGCACUGCAUUUCAUCUCCCAGGAGAUUCUGCCGGCUGUGAAAGGGUCGCUUCGGUGGAACAAGUCCUGCAACCUGAACGAGACCGAGCUGGCCAAGGGAGUUCUGAAGUUCAGUUCGCCACAGGCGGAAAUUCGAGCGCUGGUCGAGGGACAGAUGUUGACACGAAAGGCCUUCGCUACCGAGAUGGGUUUCAGCUUCGGGGAAAACACCCGGAUUCUGGCCACCGGUGGAGCAUCGGCCAACAAAUCGAUCCUGCAGGUCGUUUCGGACGUUUUCAACGCCCCGGUGUACACCCAGCAGACGACGGAAGCAGCCCUGGUCGGGGCUGCCUAUCGAGCCAAGUACGUCCUGGAGGCGGACCGUGCCAAGGAAGGCGGCAAGGUAGCGCUGGAAUCGUACUUUGAAUACAUCCGGGGCCUGCUUCCGGAACACAGCGUCACCAGAGUUUGCGAUCCGGCGCAGGACAGUAGCGACAUCUACGACCAAAUGCUGGAACGGUACCAUCAGAUGGUGCAGUUCAUGAUGCUGCAUCAGGAUUAGAAUCAGGGAUCAGGAAGUGAUAUGAUUUAGACCAACAUUUGAAUUGGGCAGAAGAGUUUAAUUCAAAAUUGUAUUUUGACCUCUCCAAAUUAGCAUCGAAUGCAUGAAAUAUGAAAGAAUAUUGACAAACGUGUUCAGUUAUAACAGCAUAAAGA